AUUACAAAACAACUUAAAAAUGCACGAUAUUUUGUUGAUCUGGAUGUUGGCCUGAGGCAUUCAAGAUGGAAUGUCAGCCAAAUAUAUUAAACCAGGCCAUUCUGAACCUCUUCUUUUUACUUUCUCAAAUACUGUUGAACAGAAGGCAAAAUGGAUUUUCAACAGACUAAAAGGAAAACCAUUGAAAAACUUGCCAGAGCUCCUUCAGGAAUAUAACUUGCCACCAGGCCUCUUUCCCCAAAACAUUAUCUGUUAUGAGUUUGAUGAAUCAAAGAGCAAGCUGACAGUUUAUUUGCCCUCUCCAUGUGAAGUUACAUUCAAGGACUCCUCCACUAUCAGGUAUGCAACCCGCAUAAAAGGAAUUCUGCUCCGGGGAAAGUUCACGGGUAUUGAGGGAAUGAAGACGAAGGUUCUAGUGUGGGUGAAGGUCACAAGUGUAGCUGUUGAGAGUUCCAAGUCUGAUAAGGUAUGGUUUACAGCUGGAGUGAAGAAGUCAAGGGCAAAGGAUGCAUAUGAGACGCCCCGUAAUGCAGUCAGAGUUGAAGAAUUUUGAGUUUACCAUGUUCAAUCUUCGGCUGGAGAUACAAGGCCAGAACCAUUGGUAGUUUUUGAGAGAGAAAGGGCAUUCUUAAUGUACUUUGUGAUAUAACAAACGCAAAAAGGCCUAUAAUUGAAUUCAUAAUAUAUGGCUAUUACAACUCCUGUUGAA